GGGCUGUUCCAGCGGGUCCGGGUGCUGUGCUGGGUGCUGACGGCACCGCAGAACCUGGAGAGCAGAGCCCGGUACGUGCGGGACACUUGGGCGCGGCGCUGUAACGUGGCCGUGUUCGUGAGCUCCGAGCCCGCCCCGCAUUUCCCGGCCGUGGGGCUGGGGGUGGCCGAGGGCCGGGGGCAGCUCUACCGGAAAACCAUCCGGGCUCUGCAGUACGUGCACCGGCAGCACCGCGCCAGCGCCGACUGGUUCCUCAAGGCGGACGACGACACCUUCGUGGUGCUGGACAACCUGCGCUGGCUGCUGGCCGCGCACCCGCCCCAGCGGCCCCUCUACUUCGGGAAGCGUUUCCGACCCUUCACCCGCCAGGGCUACAUGAGCGGGGGCGCCGGCUACGUGCUCAGCCGGGGGGCGCUGGCCCGAGUGGCCACCGCUUUCACCCGCGGCACCUGCGGCCACACCGGCCCCGAGGAGGACGUGGCGCUGGGGCAGUGUCUGGAGCGGCUGGGGGUGGCCGUGGGGGAUUCACGGGACACCUGGGGCCGGGAGACGUUCCACCCCUUCCCCCCCGAGAUCCACCUCACCCACCGCUUCGCCCGGGACUUCUGGUACCAGCGAUACUGCUGGUACCCCGUCGUGGAG